UGACCUCUGAGGUUGAAAUGAUCUCUAAAUCGUUUGGAUGUUGACUUGUUUGGAAAGGUUGUACGUGUGUUUUGUGAGGAGUUGGUUCGGCAAAGGCGGAAAGGCGACGCUUAUUUCUGGGAGUGAAGAAUCCGUUCUGCUUGGUUUACAGUUCACCCGAAAUUCGCAUGGCGCAUAUGAUUGGUGGAUUUAUAUCACGUGGUCAAGAAACAGCCCGUACGCGGAAAUCGACCAAGGAAAGCGAAUGGCACAAAAUGGCGAACUGUCCUCCUGCACCUUCGCGCAAUUCUGGCUUUUUCAGGCGGAUAAGAGGUGGUUUAAGUGACGCCUUUACACAUGCAGUUGCACAGAGGUUACAAAUUGAUAAAAGGACUAUCGAGAAGUCAUGGAAAUUGAUGGAUAAAGUCGUCAAAUUGUGUCAGAACCAACGCAUGAACCUGAAGAACAGUCCACCAUAUAUAUUAGACAUUCUACCCGACAGCUACCAACAUUUAAAACUGAUUAUGACGAAAUAUGAUGAGCGAAUGCAUAUUCUGAACGAUAUCGAAUACUUUAGGAUUUAUAUUGAGAAUCUUAUGAAGCAAUCGAAGCACGCCAUCAAAUUGUUCAAAGAUGGGAAGGAAAAAAUGUACGACGAAUCGUCGCUGAAUCGUCGAAGUUUAACCAAACUAAGCCUAGUAUUCAGUCAUAUGUUGACAGAAUUAAAGGCUCUCUUUCCUAACGGAACCUACAUUGGUGAAGGAUUCAAGGUAACAAAGUCUGACGCCAGAGAUUUUUGGAAAAAGAAUUUUGGAAACAAGACUAUAGUUCCCUGGAAACUCUUUCGGCAAACGCUCCAUUCAGAACAUGCUAUAUCAUCUGGUUUAGAGGCCAUUGCUCUGAAGUCUACCAUAGAUUUAACUUGCAAUAACCACAUAUCAAUUUUUGAGUUUGACGUGUUCUCACGGCUGUUUCAACCAUGGUCCCACCUUCUUCAGAACUGGAACCUGUUAGCAGUAACCCACCCAGGCUAUUGUGCAUUUAUGACAUAUGAUGAAGUAAAGGCACGCCUGAUGCAACACCUUAACAAGGCCGGAAGUUACAUUUUUCGGCUGAGUUGCACAAGGCUUGGUCAGUGGGCAAUUGGUUAUGUUACACCAGAACACACCAUUUUACAAACCAUACCUCAAAACCGAUCUCUUUGUCAAGCACUUAUAGAUGGAGCWAGGGAGGGAUACUACCUGUACCCUGAUGGUAAAGAUCAAAAUCCAGACCUGCAGCUCUUUCUGGUCACUCCCCCUGACGAACACAUCAAAGUCACAGAAGAACAGUAUGAAUUAUACUGUGAAAUGGGAUCAACGUUCCAGUUGUGUAAGAUUUGUGCCGAGAAUGAUAAGGAUGUAAGGAUUGAACCUUGUGGGCACCUCAUGUGUCAUCAGUGUUUAGAACAGUGGCAGGAGAAAGGGGGCGAUAUUUGCCCGUUCUGUCGAUCAGAGAUCAAGGAUAUACAUAAUAUUGUCGUAGACCCUUUUCAUAAUGAUACCGAAGAACGAGCAGCACGGCGGAACAAUAAUAAUGAAAACAGCGAGGAGCCACCAGAGUUGUAUGAUGAUGAUCUUGAGUAUCCCCCAAUGAGCUGGCCAAUGACAGUGGAAACUCACUCCCAACAACAUCACAGUUCACCAACUCUUGAACACAGAGACAGUGAAAAGAAACCACCGCCAUUGCCACAAAGAAGGAAUUUCAUAACACAAAUGAAUUGCCCGACUUCACCAACACUUGUCGUCACACAAUCAUCACCAUUUGCUUCCCCUAGGAACACACCAGGUGCAUCACCGCGUAACUCCCCCUGGAAUUCCCCCAAAGGAUCACCUUUUGCAUCACCAAACGUCUCACCUCAUGCCUCGCCAUCAACAUCGCCGUCAACAUCUCCAACUGCAUCUCCAUCAGUAUUUCGAAAACCACCACCACCAGUUCCACCUUCAGACUCGGACUCGGACGGUUCACCACCAGCUAUUCCAGAAAGAAAGUACAAAGUAAAUGAAAAAAAGAAUAAAACCCAUUCUGGUAUCGCAAGUGGGAAGGCACCAUCCAAAUCAAAUUUUAACAAAACUUCUGCCAAGCUCAACUACGCAGAACUUGCCUACCCAGCUCCCGAUGUACAAAAAACGGUCAAAAACAAAACAGACACUUCGUCACCUCGUGUAGAUAAAAACCAUACCUCAAGUCAGCUUCCAGAGUAUUUUGAGGAAGAGGAAUCGUCAUAUGAUGUGCCGCUACCGAUCGUGAAACAGAAACAAACGCACAAAGAGAAGACAGGGAGUAACAAAACAGAACAGAAUGGUUUCAACAACAUUUUUGCACAAGAUCAAUUUGAUCCUUUUGCAGACGAUCCAUUUCGAGGCACAGACUGGCCUCCAAUGUCCAAUGAAAGCAAUAUUAGUGUGCACAAUAAUUUAUUGUACAAUAUGGAAGUUACAGGGCCAACAGGGAAACAUACGACCAGAGGGGGCUUUUCCAAAUCCCAUUCAACAGAUAGCGUGCUGGAUGAUUCCUCCUCUCAAAACAAUACAGGGAGUUCGCCUGAAAUAUCGAGCAAAAAGCACGAUCAUCUUCCACCAAAAAAUAAAAAUGCGCAGAACAACCGUGAACAUGUAAGGAGAAGCUGGUCAGGCCCAGCCCACAGUUAUAGUAACCCCGCCUACAUGGGAACGUUUGAUCCCAGGCACCUCGAGGGUAGCGAAGAAGAACAGAAAGAUGUGCUGCCCGGGAAUAAUCACGAAGACGACAAUAUGGAAUUUUACGAAGAGGACUUUCAAAUAUUAGAAGCUCAAGGAUAUUCGCGGGAUGCAAUCAAAAGAGCACUGAUUGUCGCUGAUAACAAUUUUGCAAUGGCAAGAAAAAUUCUUAAAGAAUUUGCUCAAUCAAAUCCAAAUCAGUAGUAACGAUUUCGCUUAGAAAUGAAAAUAAAAUGCAUUCAUCUUACUAGUGGCACGGCCUACUUGUAGAUACCUGUCGACAAAGGUUAAGCUUUUAAUAGAAUGAUAAAACAAAAUAUGAAAAUAAGUAGAUUUUUGAUAAAUUCCAGUAAUACACACCAACAAUAUUGAUAUCAGACAAUUCAAAUCAACAAUAAUUCACCUCUGAAGUCGAUAGAAAAAUAUUAUAUGUUAAAAUUGUAAAGAUAGUUUUAAUUUAAAGUCUCAAUAAUAAAUUUAUAAAUAAACAUUGAAUUCACCAAGACAUGACUUAAAUGCACAAAAACCAGAAAAAAAGGCUAUUUUUAUGCACGUAUGAUAGUAUAUUAUAGGAUGAAUAGUUAAGUUAUGCAUGUACAUAUUAUGAUCUAAAAGAUGUAUAGCAGGAAAAACAGAGAAUAAUGAAACAACUGACACUGUUAUGUUCGUAACGUAGAUUUUUUAUCUUCAAUGGAUAAAGCUUAUUAAUAGAAAAGUGCGUCCAGAAGAAACAUUGCGGACGCGCGGCGAUAGAAAAUGAUAAGAUAGAGAGCGAAACAAA